GAGGACUCUUUGAAGAAGCAACUUUAAACUCUUUUAUCAGAUCCUCGUAUAGCUUAUAAACUGUUGUUAUCCUUUGCUCUGAUAUAGUUAAUUUACUGUUAUUAUUAUUUCAUCAUCUAUCCCUUAUUAUUAUCGUCUAAUUAAAAUGGCUUUUUUCGAUGAAUUGAAGGCUACUGCCGCUGCUAUCGUUGCUCCUGGUAAGGGUAUUUUAGCUGCAGAUGAGUCCACUGGUACCAUGGGAAAACGAUUGCAGAGUAUUGGAGUCGAAAAUAAUGAAGAGAAUCGUCGCCAAUACCGUCAAUUGUUGUUUACUAGCGGUGAUGAUAUGCCCAAAUUCAUUAGUGGUGUUAUCCUGUUCGAUGAAACUGUUUACCAGAAAACUGAUGACGGAGUUGCAUUCCCUGAUUUAUUGAUAAGCAGAGGAAUUAUUCCUGGAAUUAAAGUAGACACUGGUGUUGUUGAUCUUCAAGGAACUGAAGGUGAAACAACUACACAAGGUUUGGAUAAUUUAACCAAACGGUGUCAAAAAUAUUACGCGGCUGGUUGUCGAUUUGCUAAAUGGCGGUGUGUCCUCAAAAUUGGUCAAAAUACACCAUCACCUUUAGCAAUUUUGGAAAAUGCCAAUGUUUUAGCUCGAUAUGCUACUUGUUGUCAGCAAGCUGGUUUGGUACCCAUCGUCGAGCCCGAAAUUUUACCUGAUGGUGAUCAUACAAUUGAAAAAUGUCAAUUGGUUACUGAAAAAGUUCUAGCCGCUGUUUACAAAGCUCUUAAUGAUCACAAUGUUUACCUCGAAGGAACUUUGCUCAAACCUAACAUGGUUACUUCUGGCCAAAGUUGUCCUACCAAAGCUACUCCUGAACAAGUUGCUUUGGCUACCGUUACUGCUUUACAGCGAACUGUUCCACCCGCAAUGCCUGGUGUCGUUUUUCUUUCAGGUGGACAAUCAGAGGAGGAAGCUUCCGUCAACUUGAAUGCUAUCAACAAAUUGGAUGCUAAAAAGCCUUGGGGUCUCACCUUCAGUUAUGGUCGGGCUUUACAGGCCAGUGCUCUUAAAGCUUGGAGCGGUAAAAAAGAGAACAUACCGGCUGGUCAGGCUGAAUUCCUUAAACGGGCUAAGGCCAAUGGUUUAGCAUGUGUUGGUCAAUAUGCUGCUGGCUCCAUUCCUAGUUUGGCUUCGGUUUCAUCUAAUUAUGUGGCAGCACAUAAAUAUUAGAUGAGCUUUUUUAUCCAUUUUCUAUUAGGGGCUAACAGUUUAUCAUCCCUUGGUCAAUAUGGAGGUGGUAUUGAUGGUGCUGCAGCCGGUGAAGGACUUUUUAUCAAGAAUCAUGCUUAUUGAUUACCAAUUCCUUAAAUAUAUUGUUUGAUCCUUAGUAGUUUAUGUGCUUGAUUAUUUGUUUUUCCAAUUCCCACAAAUUGCCUGGUUUUUCUUCUGCGAUAUCCAUUCAAAAUCUAUUUACUUCAAGUUUUUAGUUUCGUUUGUUGACUCUUUCGUUUUCCUUUUAUUGAGCGGCCAAUCUUUACCCUAUUACAAAUUAUCAAUAAUAUUGAAAUCUACUUGAUUACUUAUCAUCUAGUUCGGACACAAGUCAGCAAAUCAACAAAUCAAUUGUCCAACAUAUAUACUAGUUGGUUUGCUUUCUUAUCUUCAUUAUCGAUUGCAUUGUUUGUCUCUUUUACAAGUUUUAAGAUUCUUGUUUUCCUCUAUUUCAUAUUCAAUUUUGGGACAUCGAAUUCAAAAAUCAAACAAAUCAACUUAUAAUCAAUUCUACCUAUUAUCUAAAUAGCUAAUAAUGAAUAUUUUUUUCGUUCCCUAUUCACCGAGUGUAAUAGCAUUUCUUUAAAUUAAAUUUAAGUGUUAAUUUA